AUGCCCACUCUCAAGAAUAUCCUUCCCAUUCUCCUCCUCGCUUUUCCUAUGGCCAUGGCAAAUGUCGGUAAUGAUUAUCCCCAAUCACCGUCGGAUUCACAAGAACGAGAUUUCAACUCCGGACAGAAGAAUGCUGUUACCAUUCACGUAAUUAUCAGCGUGAUCAUCCUCGUGGUUUUCGUCGUUAUUAUAGUAACCUUGACAACGAUCGGUUCAAGGAGACGAAGACAAAGACAAAGACACACGCAAUCCGCGGGAAUGAUAUACAAUAGACCGGGAGCGAAUGCGGCGGCUCCACCUUAUAGUGUUACGGAUGAUGUGAAUUUGCCGGCCUAUUCUUAUGCGCCGGCAAACGGGGAAACAGUUGUCUCUCAGCAAUCAUCGGGGAUCGCGCAGCCAGCACCAGCGCAUGUUUCGAAGGAUGUGGUUUGA